AUGACAUCAGCUGAUUUGGGGUGGGAUUCUGUGUCCUCUUGGUCGACUGGGUUAACCAAGGAGCAUUUUGAUGGUGAGGCACCCCCACCUAGUGGAGGAGACACGUCACAUUCUUUGGUAAUCUCUGGAUUGCAAGAAAUUGAUGAUAGGUUGAAAGAAUUGGAGGCGGAGAAUCGAAAGAGUAAGGCAUUUGUGGAUGGGUGGGGUGAGAGGAUGCGGGAGAUGAGUGUGCUAUUGAAGCAAGUAAAAGAGCCUGGUGCUAGAGGGUCUUAUCUGAAGAACUUGGAGAAGGCCGAGAUGUAUCGCUUGCACAAACAGAACCCCGAGGUGUACACAGUCGAGAGGCUAGCCAAGGAUUAUAGGAUUAUGAGGCAGAGAGUGCAUGCCAUUCUUUGGUUGAAGGAGCUUGAGGAGGAAGAGGAGAAAAAGCUUGGGCAUCCUUUGGAUGAUUCUGUUGAGCUCUUGCUUGAUACUUGUCCUGAGUAA